AUGUACAAUGAGGAAAAGCAAGCACAAGACAUGGUUACAAACGAGGCUGUAAACACAAGACAGGUGAACCGUGAGCGACCAGCAGUGAAGCAGAAUGGGGAAGUGUCAAUACAAGUAGAGAAGAAGUUGUCUGGCGGGGAGCAACUGACCUAUUCGUGGGAGAAGGUGAACGUCUUCGCUGUCACUGCUACAGGAUGUGGCAAGAAGAAGAAGACCCAAGAGACGCACAUUCUGAAGGAUGUGGCCGGGAUCUGCAGACCAGGCGAGCUGCUAGCUAUCAUGGGUGCAUCAGGAGCGGGCAAGACCACACUCCUUAACGUCCUCACUUUCAGGAGCGAUGACGCCCUCAGAAUAACAGGAUCGCUGUACGUGAACGGACAGCGAGUGACACCGGACCUGCUGACCAGUAGGUCAGCGUACGUUCAGCAGGAAGAUCUAUUUAUUGGCACCUUCACUGUGAGGGAACAACUGCUCUUCCAGGCUCAUCUCAGGAUGGACCGGCAUUUAUCCCACGAGAUGAGAGUCAAACGUGUGGAGGAGGUCAUGCAAGAGCUGAGUUUGACGAAGUGCGCCAAGACGUUGAUCGGGGUGCCGGGCCGUCUGAAGGGCAUCUCUGGCGGAGAAACCAAGAGACUCGCUUUCGCCUGUGAGGUGUUGACUAAUCCAGCACUCAUGUUCCUUGAUGAACCAACCUCUGGCCUGGACUCCUUCAUGGCUCAGAAUAUCGUGCAGGCGAUGAGGAACCUGGCCAGCAAGAAUAAGACUGUCAUCUCCACCAUACAUCAACCCAGCUCUGAGGUGUUCGCGUUGUUCGACCGUGUGUUGCUGAUGGGCGAGGGACGCGUCGCCUUCCUUGGCUCCACCUCAGAUGCUUUACAAUUCUUCUCUGGCUUAGGAAGGUCGUGUCCCAAGAACUACAAUCCGGCAGAUUUCUUCAUCUCGGAGCUGGCCAUCGAAGCCGGCAAUGAGGCUGAGUGCCGCACGAGGGUGGACAGCACCUGCAACGCCUUCCUCAGCAGCACCUCGGGACAACAAGUCGCUUACGCCGUCGCUGAGAAUAAGAAGUCUUUCUCAGAUGCCAAUGGUGUCUCGCCCAACCACGUUCAUGUAAGCAAAGGGAAGGCGGACACUAGGUAUUGCUACAAGCUUGACAUAGAAUUGACCAAUGUUAAGCACAUUUUGACAAGUUCCUCGUCGUGGUACCAGGUCCUAAUAGUAACAGCAAUUAGUUUCUACACAUUUGAACAGUUCUAUCUCGUAAUCCUGCAUUUGGUUAUUGUCCAUAGAUUCUCAGUUGGGUUGAGAAUCCACUUGUGUACCCAUCAGUUGAUCGCGCUUCUAGUGGGCGUGAUCUUCUUGAACCAGGAGACCAACCAGGAUGGCAUCACCAACCUCAACGGUGCACUCUUCCUCCUCCUGACGCAGAUGAGUUUCUCCAACUCAAUGGGAGUCGUCAAUACUUUCUGCUCCGAGCUGCCCAUAUUCCUGCGAGAACACUUUAACGGAAUGUACCGCACUAGCGUCUACUUCCUGUGUAAGAACCUGGCUGAGCUGCCUCUGGCGCUGAUACAACCUGCCGUCUUCACUGCUAUCACCUACUACAUGAUAGGUCUCUCAACAGAUGCCAAGAACUUUUUCGUUUGCAUGGCCAUACUCAUGCUGGUGGCCAACGCUGCCAUCUCCUUUGGUUACUUGGUGUCGUGUUUAGCCAGGACGGUACCCAUGGCUAUGGUAAUCGCCGCUCCACUCCUCAUUCCUCUCAUGCUGUUUGGAGGAUUCUUUCUCAGUGCUGACUCGGUGCCAGUGUACUUUGUGUGGGUCAGGUACAUUUCGUGGUUCAACUACGGUAACGAGGCUCUCAUGAUCAACCAGUGGGCCGACGUUGAAAAGUUCUCGGACUGUGAGGAGAACCGUACUCUCUGUUACCAUACAGGGACGGAGGUUAUUGAAAGUCUAGGCUACAGUAAGGACAACAUGGGACUGGAUGUCGGCCUCCUCUUCGCUCUCAUCUUUGGGUAUCGCAUAAUAGGCUACCUCCUGCUGCUUCUUAAGACCAACAGAAAGACCGUCAAGCAAUAUGAGUGAUGAUAGGCAACGAUGCCGGCCCAUCAGACACAAGGCAGCCAAGCUGGGCCAUCAGGCCUGGCCAUUAAGCAGGACUAAUAAGUAGUCCUGUUUGAUGAUAUAAUUGAAAGUUAGGAUGAAAGACAAGGUGGAAAGAACAAGUAAAACAGCAGGAAAAGGUGCUUGUUGGCAGUGGCGAUCUUGGGAAUAAGCGGUAUAGGUAAACGCCGAGGAAGUCGACUGGUGGCAAGGGCAACAUAGCACCCAUGGUUUUUGUUUCUUAUCAAGAAAACUUUUUCUUACUUAGUUCAGAAUAGUAAAUUUAUGUUUUAAAGACAGAAUGUGUUCAGUGUAUUUUAUUUGCGACAGAUUAUGCAACCGUAGGUCUUGUUGGCGGAGGGUAAGUGGUGCCCCUUAUGUCUCUGUGCAUGAUGUCGCCUCAGACACGAAAGACACCAUUUCUGGAAAAUAAUUGGAAAUUUAAAGAUGAGCGAAGAGAAAA